GUUGUGUCAAGACCCGCCCACAGGGAACCCAAGCCACUCUCCGUAGGAAUCCCAAAUCGACUUGAUUUGGUCGACAUUUUACUCCGCUUCCUGCUUGGAAAUGCUCUGAUGACAUCAGUCAACACUAUUAAUGUGGAAGAGCGAACGGAAGCGAACCAGUGCAUUGUAAGUGUGGUCCUGUAGCCCUGCGGUCCCAUGUGUGGAAUAUGGCUCCAGGUGGCUUCUCUGUUGGGAGCGCUCGUGUUGUCAGAGGUCUGGGGGGUGGAGAUCCACACCUCUGGGGAGAUGGAGGUGGCGAAUGGCACUGACGUCAGGCUGAAGUGCACCUUCAGCUCCACCCACCCCGUCUCUCCCAGCUCCGUCACCGUCUCCUGGAACUUCAGACCGCUGGACCGUGCCUCGCGCGAGGAGUCGGUGUUCCACUACCAGCAGGAGCCGUACCCCCCUACAGAGGGUCGUUUCAAGGACCGGGUGUUGUGGUCCGGUGACGUCUCCAACAGCGACGCCUCCAUCACCCUGCAGGCGGUGCCGCCCUCCUUCAACGGCACGUACACCUGCCAGGUGCGGAACCCCCCCGACGUCCACGGCGUCAACGGAGAGAUCGUCCUCAAGGUCGUGAACAAAGUGGGCCUAUCAGAGAUGGCCUUGCUGGCGGCGAUAGGCGGCGGGGCCUGCGCUGUGAUCCUGCUCAUGGUGGUGGUAUACGUCCUGGUCAAGAGGAGGAGGCGGGGGGGCAGGGAGGAGGAGGGGGACCUGGAGAUGCCUGAGAGGAAGAUGAAGAAGAAGAAGGAGUGGAAGGACCCCACAGUGUGCUCGCCUUUAGAAGCCAUCCACCUGACCGUGGCGGCCAAGUUGCUGGACGACGGGAGCUCAGACGAUGAAGGGUCUGAGCCCAGCAGUGGAGGCGAUGAUGAUGACGAGGAAGAGGAAGAGGAUGACGACGAUGAUGAUGACGACGAUGAUGAUGACGACGACGACGAUGAUGAUGCCGGGGGUGGUGACGAUGAUUAAAUUAUUACAGACCACUGCCAAACCAUUCCAAUUUGGCAAACUGCCAUUUCCAAAGCAAGGUUUAUUUUUUGAAGAUGCCAUGGUGUUUCAUAAUAGUAUUAAUGAUACUGAUCAUUAUGAUGCGUUGAGGCAGGCAGCCUUUAUCCCAUCUCAUCUCCAGUCUUCCGCUACAGCCACACAAUGAGAAGAGCUUCAGUCUUAUUCAUCCACAACUGGUUUCAAACCGGUUUUGUUCUCCGCGUUCUGUAGCCUGAGUUUAUACAUGUUUGGACAAACGGAUCGGAGACCACUUUCCCGACAAAGGGACCCUCAUGGUUUAACACAUAGUGGCCAUCCUGGCAACUGUGUUUCCAUGGUAAUGAUCUCCAGGUGAUCGCCAUUGCUCCCAGUAUGACGUUCCCGUUAAACUUGCUUUCUGAAAACACACGCUUUCACCGUUUGAUUCUGUUAGAAUAUGUCUUGUCCUUAUAAGCGUUGCCGUCAUUUUAUAUAAAGCACUUUUGUUUUUGGUUACAAAAUAUUGCAGCAUGUAUAUUUGGUGGAUGUGAGUAUUUUGAUAAGAACACAGAGAGCUGAUCAAAUAAAAGCUUGAGAAGCGAUAAUGGUUGCCAACUGCA